AUGCCCCCCAAACUCAAACUCCAGUGUCACUUCGUCCUCAUUGUCCUGGCGGCUCUGAGAGGGGACAGCCGGUACCUAGAGCUGCAAGACGCCGCGGACUACGACCCUCUCCUGCUCUUCAGCGCCAGCCCGAAGCGGGACUUGCCCGGGGAACAGCCUUACCGCCGCGCGCUGCGGUGUCUGGACAUGCUGAGCCUGCCGGGCCAGUUCACUUUCACCGCCGCACGGCCGCAGCUGCACUGCGCCGCCUUCUUCAUCGGCGAGGCGGAGGAGCUGCUGUCCAUCCACUUCGACUUGGUGUCCAUCGACUGCAUGCGCGGGGACUUCCUGAAGGUAUUUGAUGGUUGGAUCCUCAAGGGGGAGAAAUUUCCCAGUUCCCAGGAUCAUCCUCUCCCCACCACUGAGCGGUACACAGACUUCUGUGAGAGUGGUUUUAGCCGAAGGACCAUCAGAUCCUCCCAGAAUGUGGCCAUGAUCUUCUUCCGGGUUCAUGAACCAGGAAAUGGAUUCACAUUAACCAUAAAGACAGAUCCCAACCUCUUUCCUUGCAAUGUCAUCUCUCAGACCCCAAGUGGAAGGUUUACUCUGGUGGUUCCACACCAGCAUCGGAACUGCAGCUUCUCCAUCAUUUAUCCAGUGGAGAUCAAAAUAUCGGCUCUCACCCUGGGACAUGUGCACGGUCUUCAGUUAAAAAAACCCUCAGCGGGCUGUGGGGGAAUCGGGGACUUCGUGGAGCUUCUGGGAGGAACCGGCCUGGAUCCUUCCAAGAUGAUGCCUUUGGCUGACCUCUGUUACCCCUUUCAUGGCCCCGCCCAAAUGAAAAUUGGCUGUGACAACUCCGUGGUACGCAUGGUCUCCAGUGGAAAACACAUCAAUCGCGUGACAUUUGAAUAUCACCAGCUGGAACCAUAUGAACUGGAGAACCCAACCGGAAACAGCAUCCCGGAAUUCUGUUCAUCUGGUCUUUGAAUAUAACCAGCUCCACAACCUCCCUGCUGCUCGCUAAGUGAAUUCUCAAACACUCUUGUACAUAAUUCUAAUGACCAACUAGUGAAAACCCUCUCAUACCAGUCAGUAUUCCUGGCUGUGAGCACGUGCGUGCACACACACACACACACACACACACACACACGCAUGCACACACACUCACAUACACUCAACCACAUAUGAAGUUUUGCAGCUUGUUUCCUUUUCCUUUUUUGUUUCUAAUAUAUCUAUGACACAUGGAGAAAAUGAGCCCCAAUGGUAAAUAACAUGUGUUAGUUGGAAAUGUUUAUCAUUCUUUGGUAUGUUACCAACCUGACCUGGUAAAAGAGACAUAAAGCAGUGACACUGAACAUUGGCAUCUCAAGAGAAAAUAUUAGAAAGAAAGGAAAAUGGUGGCAUUCAUAGUUUCAUUACAGAAAAAUUUACAAAGUCUUGUGUAUACCAAAGGAAUUGCAUCUGUUUAUUCUUUAUUUAUCAUUCUGUUUAUAUGAUAGAAGUUGUAACUAUUAUUUAUUUAUAAUACUUGUUUGUAACAAAACUUUGUA